UCGCAAAUGGCAGACUCAAAACAAGCACCAAGCAAACCGACCUUCACAAAGGUUAUGCAGCUCCGGCCAACGACCUCUGGUGUUACUCUGAUGGUAAAGGUUGUUAGUACUAAGAUGGUAUUGCCCAAGGGACGUGCUGGUGGCCCUCGAAGCCAAAUGCAAAUUGUUGAAUGCCUGGUUGGUGAUGAAACAGCAAUGAUAAUCUUCAGGGCUAGAAACGAGCAAGCGGACCUGAUGAAAGAGGGUUCGACUGUAACCCUGCGAAAUGCCAAAAUUGACAUGUUCAAAGGAUCUAUGAGGCUUGCUGUGGACAAAAAUGGCAGUAUUGAAGCUGCUGAUCCUGCUAGUUUUACUGUGAUGGAAAAUAACAACCUCUCACUCAUUGAAUUUGAACGUGUUGAUUUCGCUAUAUGA